UCUUUUUUCUUCAUUUUGGUCGAGAAAAGGAAAGGUUUUUAAAAAUCGGAACUUGGGUCCGUGAGAAAAGUGUUCGAGGGUUCACGGGUCGGAGUCGGAGAAGAUGAGCUUCAUCAAGUAUCUCCGCCGUGACAGUUUACUCCAAUUAACCGGAAAAUCAUAUCUUAGCCGUAAUUACAUGCUUCAGAACUGCCGGAGUCUUAUAAUUGAAACCGCUCCGCCUGAAUUUGUCAAGCUCAAUCGCCUAUCUGGUUCCGAUUCCGGUAUAAUCGAGGUCAAUCUAGAUAGGCCUGUUGCCAAAAAUGCUAUUAAUAAGGAGAUGCUGAAAAGUCUCCAAAACGCAUUUGAGUCCAUACAACAAGAUAGUUCAGCUAGGGUUGUCAUGAUUAGAAGUCUGGUUCCAGGAGUUUUCUGUGCAGGUGCAGAUCUUAAGGAGCGUAGAACUAUGAGUCCAUCUGAGGUUCACACAUAUGUCAACUCGUUGCGCUACAUGUUCUCGUUCAUGGAGGCACUGAGUAUCCCAACUAUUGCUGCAAUAGAAGGUGCAGCACUGGGAGGUGGACUUGAAAUGGCUCUUGCUUGUGAUCUUCGAAUCUGUGGCGAAAAUGCAGUAUUUGGCUUGCCUGAAACAGGACUCGCUAUAAUCCCUGGAGCUGGUGGGACACAGAGGCUCUCGAGGCUGGUUGGGAGAUCGGUAUCAAAGGAACUUAUAUUCACAGGUCGAAAGAUUGAUGCAAUAGAAGCUGCAACUAAAGGGCUUGUGAACAUUUGUGUUACGGCAGGUGAGGCUCAUGAGAAAGCAAUUGAAAUGGCUCAGCAGAUAAAUGAAAAAGGUCCCUUGGCUAUAAAGAUGGCGAAAAAGGCGAUUGAUGAAGGAAUUGAGACGAAUAUGGCUUCGGGUUUGGAAGUAGAAGAGAUGUGUUAUCAGAAGCUUCUUAAUACUCAAGAUCGUCUGGAAGGAUUAGCUGCUUUUGCUGAGAAGCGUAAACCUCUUUACACUGGCAAGUGAACACCUUAAGGAAAGAAUCAUUAGAGUCCAACAAAUUUAGUUUCAAUAACCAUUGAUAACUGGGAUGGUUUAGGGUCUAAAUACAUUAUCACUGUUUUUGUUUGUGCAAUUUAUGUGGCUGUAAUCAAAAAGGAAAGAAAAACCAAAAAGGAAAUAAGGAAAGAGCACAAGUUAGAAUCGCAUUUGUAGUAAAAUUAAAGUUGGUAAACCAGUGGUUAUACUU